UUUACCCAUGUAUAAAUCAUGUAGAUAUUGUAUGUGGUAGGCAAAUCUCAGCAAGAGCGUCAACUUAAUGGGAAAGCAAGACACAAGAGUAGCUUUUGUGAACCCUAUUGCUGCAGGGAGAUCAAGUAAUGUCCGUGUCUCUGGCCCAACUAUUAGAGAUUAUUUAAAUAGGCCAAGACCUACUUGGGAUGAAGUGAAAGAAAUGAUAAAGGCAUCUCGGAAAAAAGGCUCUAGAUUGCUUGAAGAGUUUGAAGAGAAGCAAAAUAAAGUAUCAUUUAUUAGUUUUACUUUGUUUACGUCUUAUUUAAAGAAAUUUAGAUUGGAACUGGAUAGAGAAAGGGAUAAAUUACUGAAAGAGAAAUGUAAAAGAGCAUACACGCCAUUUUCUUCAUCCUCGCCUUCUUCUUCACCCGAUAGAAAACAUCAUAAAAAGAAAAAAAAGAAAGAGAAGAAAAUGAAGAAACCUAAUCAGCAAUUUCAGAUGGAGAAAGAACCACAUUGGAAAGAAGAUAGGAUAAAAUACAAAAAAAAUUCUAAAAGUUCAGUGGAUAAACAAACUUCCUUUUCGAGAAAAAGGCAUAAAACAAAAAAGAAAAAGAAAGAAAGAAUAUCUAUGUAUGAGGUCUCAUCCUGAUCUGGCGUGUUGUGUCGAAGCGAAACUGGUUAAAAUUACCUGUGGCAGUAUGACUCUGCUCAUUUUGGUAGGCCUGUCCUACACAAAAAAAGUUGAGUCUGUCUUAUUGUUAUCCCAGUAAAAAGAAGAAAAAACAAUGCAUUGAAGAAAAUUUAUGAAAGUCUUAGUUUUAAAACUGAAUUCCAAAUUAUGUUUUCACUACUGGUAACUGGUAGUAAAUAGUGUAGAAAUAAACCCUGGUAUCUGGUAGAAAAUAAAGCCAAACAAGAUUUGACUUUAUUCGGGCAGAUAAAAGUAUUCUUCAGAAUUGUUUAUAAUACCCUUCAUAUUUUAAAACAUUUGUAUUGAAGUACACGUUGUAAAUAUACAGUGAUUAUGUUUCGUGGACGUCUGAAUUAAAAAGAUUUUUGUUGUUAAUGUUUAUCAAAUUACAUCUUUACUUAG